CUCCAGGCCCAAUAAGCUUCGUUGUCACGAUAUAAAUACAUAUCCAUCAUCCUGAAAACCCUAGCUCCGAGAUUUCGCACUCGUUUCAGCUAAUUGCAGCCGUCGGAAGAGAAAGCAGAGAAGCAAAUCAACCAUGGGGAAAGUUCACGGAUCUUUGGCACGUGCCGGUAAGGUGAGAGGACAGACACCAAAGGUAGCGAAGCAAGACAAGAAGAAGAAACCCAGAGGACGUGCCCACAAGCGUCUCCAGCACAACCGCCGUUUCGUUACCGCCGUUGUUGGUUUCGGUAAGAAGAGGGGACCCAACUCUUCUGAGAAGUAGAAGAAUGACUUAUAAAAGCUUCUCAUAAUGGCUAUUUUGUGCAUUUCUUCUAUUCGUAUGUUUUAGUCAUGUUUCUUUUGCACUUAUAUAUGUUUUGAUUCUAUGAAUUACGAAUUUACUCCUGAAUUUUAUUCUCAACUUCCAGCAGUAAUAGUUUGAUUUUGUCUGCAAGUUUACACCAACCAUGGGGUUUUAUCUUUUAUGUUAUUGAAUGAUAUGUUUCUAUUCUA